CGACUGAGGGAGAGUGACCGAGUGACGCAGUGCUGACCGAGGAGAGGAGUAACUACAGUGUUCAUACAGAGUUUAAGAACAAAUUUACGAAAAUGGCGAAUCAUAAUCUUGGUUGUGGCCCUCUUACAGUCAAAUACAUGGUGUUUCUCUUCAACUUCAUAUUUUUCUUGUCGGGGUUGGCUUUGAUUGUGAUUGGGGGCAUAGCCCAAGGUUUCUUCAGCUCAUACAUAGAGUUCUUCAAUGGAAAGUAUGAGACACCAGCCAUUGGCAUUAUCAUCCUGGGAGGAAUCAUUCUCGUCAUCUCCUUCUUUGGCUGCUGUGGAGCAAAGAAGGAAAAUGUUUUCAUGCUCAGGAUUUUUGGUUUCCUGAUGGUUAUUGUCCUUUUACUGGAAUGUGCUGCUGCCAUUACUGUGCUUGUCAUGAAGACGGACAUUAAAAAUCUGGUGAAACGUAACAUGAAUGAAACUAUGGACAAAUACGGUGACCCCAAAAACCUGGUGACAACGACUUGGGAUGACCUGCAGGAAAAGUACUUCUGCUGUGGAACAGAGGACUACAUGGACUGGAAUGGAACCACUUAUGGCAUGAAUGUGUCUGGCGUACCAGAUACCUGCUGUAAGAAUAUUGUGGGGGGCUGUGGUUAUAAAGUGUUUGACAGUCCAAGUAAGAUUCCCACCACCAUCUACACCACUGGCUGUUUCCAAGCUUUGUCUGAUUCAGCUCAUGCCAAGUUAGGAGCAGUCAUUGGAGGCAUAGUUAUUCUAGUUUUGUUGCAGAUUGUUGGCAUCUGGAUGUCGUGUUGGCUCAUUCAAGCUGUGAAGGAGCGGUAUGAGGUCUUGUAAAUUGCCACUGCAAUUUGGCACAUGGUUGGAUAUCUUGAUGUUAAAGACGUGUGAAUAAUUGCAGUGGUGGUUGGUCACAAGCCUCCAUAAUGGUAAUAUGAUGUUUGCUCUAACAACUUUCUUAGAACAGUAGACUUGUGAAGGAUUGGAAAAUAUAGACUUUAAAAAAAGAUUGAAUUUGUGAUGAUAAUGAUGGGUUCAAGGAAUUAUAAAAUGUAACUAUUGUACCUGUAUUAAAAAUUUAAUUUGA